UAACCCUUGGCAAACCGCCAGUCAUCACAGCACAGACUUCAGAACCUCUCACUCUUUCAGACCAUGAAGAAAACUGUAAAACUACCCCAAAAGAUGCCCUAAGACCACCUCCGCUUCCCCCCAAAGUAAAUGAAAAGUCACAAGACUUGAAGCCGGCUCUACCACCAAAACCAAAACGGUUACAACAAACUCGCAGUGAGGCAACACAGAAUACUCCUCCUCCACCAAAAACACAGAGAUCGAUUACAUGUGAACAGCAUAUCCCAGUUAUUCCACCCAAAAUGAAACAAGGAUACUCAUGCCCUCCUUCUCUCCAUCAUAAACCAGAGCAAGAGCAAACAAAGGAACAUAAAAACAUUGGAACCACAUUGCAUUGUCCAAACAUAGCAGUAGAUCAAAGUUCAACUAUUAUAAGCGGCACUGAAAAUGAGAUGGACAGAAACGUGAUACAGAAAAUCAAUGCAGCAGAAGAAAUACGUAAGUGCAUGCAGAGCUAUGAAGAAGAUAAAAAUGAACAGCAAGAAAUUAACAUGGGGUUUCAGGUCACUCACCAAAAGUUUGAGGGGAAGGAGAAGAAUGUAGUGGAAAAUGCACAUAUGCUACCCAAGAAGAUCAAUUUGGUUCAGGAAAAGGUCUGCCAUCAAGAACAGCCCACCAAAACCACCACCACCCACCAGGAUAGACCAGUUCAAUACCACAAGUUCAGUAAUAUAGAUCUCCAAGGAUCUAACUCCCCAAUCACAGCAGAGGAACUUCCCAUUACUGAACAGAACAAUACAAAAAAAUAUAAAACAGUGUCCGGUAGUGAGGAGAAAGACCAAAAUCCUAUGAACAAAGUGGUUCUGAGGAAAAAGAAAGUCAAGAAGGAGACAGAGGACGAACGACUCCAGAGGCUAUCUGUCCACAAAGACGAGAUCAUGAAAGGAAACGUAAAAGCAGCCAUGGAGAUUUUUGAGAAUCUGAGGAAACGAGAGGAACUCAAAACAAUUCUUUCUCAAGUUCAGGAAAUAGAGGGAGAGACCAGCAAAGUGGAUGUCAGUGCUUUAAAGACUUUAUUUGAGAAUGUACCUGCUUGGAUAGUCAUGCCUUCUAAACCUACAAAGAAAAGUCAAAUUAAAGGGGAAAAGAAGUUUGAAACAGAGUCAGCGAGCGAUAAUGAAAGAGACACUUCAGUAGAGACUGUGUUUGGAGACCUAGAAAAGGCAAGCAAAGAGAUAUUGCAUUUGAAAGAACAGACCUUAGCCAAACUUAUUGAAAUAGAGGAGGCAAUUAAAAAAGCUUUAUAUUCUGUAUCUAAUUUAAAAUCUGAGGCUGAUAUUGCAGGCUUAUCAGGACUUUUUAACGAAUCCUUGCAGACUGAGCAAACCUAUCAACCCACCAACAACAUAAGAAAGAUCUGUAUUGUAUCCAGUAAGGCCAGUAUGGCCAAAACUGAAGAAGUUAAGGAGAAAUCUGAGGUGAAAGGGAAUGAUGUAUCAGGAACGACAAAAAUAUCAGAGCAUACGUCGCUUUCUCCAGCACUUGAAAAGCCCCAAAUCAAGCAAUGCUAUGUCUUGCCAUCCUCUCCAUCAUUCAUCUCCAUUCACUCUGCUGCCAGAAAACCUGCCGAUCAGCCAAAGUCUCCACAACAACAGUUCUCAACAUUUAAGCCCAAUCCAGACGGGUGUCCUUGCCCAAACUAUCAUGGAGCCAACGGUGACCUGGGGCAACGACCCACUUCUGAGUCCCCAAACCAUUUCUACAGUCCUGUAAUUCCAAAACGCAAAGUGAGCAUAUUGGAGGUGCAAACUGUUCCUGAGACUGUUCCCGCUGGAAUCUUUGGCACAAAGACAGUUAGUGAGAAAUAUGAGGAGACAGACUGCUUCGGCAAUACAUUUGUUUCGUCAACAACUUCAACGUUUGUUACGAAGCAGUCAGAGAACUUUGGAGUGGUCACCAGUCCAACGAGAUAUGAAGUUGUGACAUCCCCUCUCAUGCGAAGGUCUGGUUGUCCCUUUUCAGAAAAGGCUCAGUCCAAUGCCAAAGAAGGUGGUACAGUCUUUGUAACAUUUGGCCAACCAAAGGCUGGAAAACAAUGAAAUGGCACAUUUAUUAUUGUCGAGUUGAAAAAUAAUUUCCUUCUAUGUAUUGUAAACCACAUUUUGUACUCAGUAUGAACUAUUUUGUUAAUUAUGUCAUAUAAAUAUUUCUUGUUAGCUGCAGAUAAUGUUAUCAUAAUUAUUAAAAGGAUUUUAACAGAUUAA